AUGGCUGUAGGUGACUUUUCUUUGGUUCUACUCGGUUCCCGACCGUGGCUGAUGACCCCCAAAGCCAGAAAAAUCGUCCGCAUCUCGCCGCGCAUGUACAGCAUUGAUGACCCGGCCAUUGUUCGCGUAAUCUACGGCAUCUCAUCUCCCUUGCCAAAAAGCAGAUGGUACGAUGCCUGGGGAGAUCCUCGAAUCCCGAAUCACAAUCUCUUCAGCGCGCGCGAUCACGCCGUGCAUGGCCUCAUGCGCCGCAAAGUCGCCAGCAUGUACUCUAUGUCGACAAUCAAGUCCUACGAGCCCUACGUGGACAGCUGUGUUGCGCUUCUUCUGAAGCGUUUCGAUGAGUUCGCCGCAAGCGGGGAGACGUUCGACCUGCAGCUGUGGAUGCAGUGCUAUGCAUUCGAUGUGAUCGGUGAGAUUACGUUCGGCAGACGAGUAGGUUUCAUGGAAUCUGGCGGAAAUGAUAUCGACGGCAUAAUGCGAGCUCUAGAAGAUUCCAAUGCCUUCUCAACACUUUCAGGCGUCAGCGCUGUCUUGCUGCCCAUACUUUUUAUCAUUUAUGGCAACCCUGUUCGUGGUAUCGAAAGUUAUGCUCGAAAACUCCAAUCUGAGAAUGCUGAAGUUGACAUGAAGGAAAAAAAUGACGGCGAGACCUUCCUCGCGAAACUUCAACGCCUGCAGAAGGAAGCCCCGGAAGAAUACGAAAGAUUUCGUCUUGGAACGCUUACUCUGACGGCAAACGUCGCGGCUGGAAGUGACACCACAAGCAUUUCUCUAACCAGUGCGCUAUAUCAUCUUUUCACCACAAGUGGUGUCGCAAAGCGCAUGUACGAAGAGCUCGAUUCCCUGGGCUUCUGCUCAAGUCUCAACGAACACAUCACAUCUGACCAGGCCCAGCAACUUCCGUACCUCCAGAUGGUCAUCAAAGAAGCCCUGCGGCUCCAUCCAGCCGUUGGCCUGCCCAUGUGGCGCGAAGUCUUAGGGUCCGGUCUGGAUGUUGAUGGAACCCAUUUUCCACCUGGGGUAAUGUCUUUGAGCCUUGGUCAACAUAGCACAGCCGCAUGA